AUGCAACGGGCGACCACACCGCCCCCUCUCCCACCCAACCCGCAACUGCCCGCCUCCUGCGAGCCCCCCUCCCCCAGUCGGCCCACAAAUUCGCAGGUAUGGCUGAUCUUUGGGGCCACGGGCCACCUCGGCCGCAGCAUCUGCCGGGUCGCUCUCGCCCGCGGCGACCGCGUCUCCGCCGUCGGCCGCAACAUCCCCGCCGAGGAGGCGAGCAUGCACGGCUGGCACAAGCGCUGCCAGGGGCUCGUGUGCGAUGUGCGCGAGCGCUCGUCGGUCGACACGGCGUUUGCGCAGGCUAGGGCGUUCUGGGGGGAAAUCGAUAUCAUCGUAAAUUGCACCGGUUACGGCAUCAUAGGCGCCUGUGAGGACCAGGACGAACACGAUAUUCGUGCCCAGUUCGAAACUAACGUCACCGGCCUCGUCAAUAUCGUACAGGCUACCGUCCCCUACCUUCGCGAGCGCGGCGGCGGGAGGUAUAUUGUCUUCAGCUCGCUCCACGGACUGGUCUCCGUGCCCGGCCUCGGACCCUACUGCGCAACCAAAUGGGCGGUCGAGGGGCUCACGGAGAGCCUGAUGUACGAGCUGGACCCCUUCGGGAUAACGGUGACAUUAGUCGAGCCGGGCCCGUCACGACGCGACGAGCCAGACGAGAACAUCAACGGCCCGUCGCCGAUGUGGGGACACUUCCUGAUGAAGCCUCCGACCGAUGCGUACCGUGCCACCACCUCGCCCGCACAGCACGCAACUAGAAUGGUCGACUGGCUCAGGUUUAGACAGCCCACGAGCGCGGUCAAAAUCUCGAAAAUGGUAUGGGAGCUCGGGCAUUGCAAGUACCCCCCGCUAAGGUUGCUCCUCGGGUCGCAUGCCGUCGAGAGUAUUAGGGAUCGCCUGAGGAAUACGAUUGAGGAGAUUGAGGACUGGCGGCAUCUCAAUAAUCCCAACGAGCCUGCUGCUGCAGCCGCCACCAGCAGCACGACGGCAGCGGCGGCGGCGGCGGAGGACGACACAGCAGCGGGCUGA